AUGACGAAAGGCAAGACGAUCUCACUCGCCACCUCUGUCAACCUUUCUGACCCGAACGAUCACACGUAUCUGUACACUCUGUCCCGACCUUAUCCUGAAGAAUUCUCGAAACUUCCAGCUUCUACUCGUACCGAGAACCAGCUACGAUACGUUCUACUCGAUUCCGUCUUGAGGAGUGGUCGGGUAAAGAGGUGCACGAUGGAAGAUUUCCCGGUGAGCAUGCUGAAGGAGGAGCCGGAGUUUGCAGAAGCAGAGAAGAAGUAUUGGGGGAUGUUUGCGCGUAGCUGUGUGGGAGGCGUCAGCCAGGGUGCGACGGGGAGUAUCAAGAUACUUCACCAUGGCGAGGAAGCGAAUGAUCAGCCACCAACUCCAGUCCCCACGACCGACUCUGCUCCGGCAGAUGACAUCGAGAUAACAAACCUCGGCGCGCCUUCAUCGGGCACAUUCCAAGAGCGCUACCAAGGUUUAUCGCCUUCGGAGCUUUCCAACCUGGUAUGGGGGGAAACAAAAAUGAAGGUCGAGGAGGAAGAGAAGAAUCUGCCGGAAGCCAAGCGCCGGGCACGAGCUCAGCUUGUAACGCUCGAACUAUUCGACGAAGGCUUUUUGAGUUUGAGACCUACAGCUGUGGGUAGGCUCGCCCCCCAUGCCACCGGGAUCAACAGUCGAUACUCCUCUGAGCCGGCAGCCUUAACUUUGGUCAAAUCUCUAGCUGAUUUUAGCCCUCGAAGAGCCUUGAGUAGCGCGGCGAGCUUCUGGGACUUGAUGACUGGAAAAAAAGAUGAGCCCGACGAAGGUUCCCAAGUUUAG